UAUUCGGCCAUCUCAUCUGUUUACAUCAUCAAACCCCCACUGCUAGCUUUGCUUCAUCAAAAUAUCCCCUUUCUUACUCCUAUUUUGAUUCCUGAAUUACUCUCGGCAUUUCUUUACUAUUUUUUUGUCUCUCUUUCCUUGUCUAGCUUCCAGUUUGGAGAACUUGGUUUCAAGCCUCGUGGAAUUUUGUAGGUGAUUGCUGGAGAUUUGACUGAAUUAUUUUGGAAGUCAAUCCGAUUUUCAUUUAUUGAAUCAAUUUGGUAACUGUGCCUUGAAUGAUUAGGAUUUUAUCGUAAUUGUGAGACACGGAACUUGCCUUUCUGUAAUUGUAUUUGGGCUCUUGAACUCAGAAAUCAGUGGUCUUUGAAGUUUGGGAACGGGAUUUACUGCUGUUGUCUUUUUGGUGGCUUGUUUUAUUCAAUACUGAUCGAGGUUCAUAAGCUUCUGGAAUUGCAGUUCUGUUUUGGAUUCUAAAUUCCCUUAGGCGUUAAUCGCACCAUAUAGAGAUGCUUAGAUUAUCUGUUGAAUUAAAAAGAUGGAGAUGGGGCAGAUUAUUUUGUUGAGAAUGGCGGGUGCUUUGUUUAGUCUGUUGCUGUUUAUGCAGUUGCUAGAAAUCUUUUCCUCUGGAUUUGCUACACGGUCAAAGGAUUGCGGCGCUGGUCUCAUAGCAUAUUCAAAUUUUAAUGAUGUUGAAUUAUUUUAUAUAAAUGGAAAUCUAGUGGACAAAACUUCGUUUUGUAAGGCUCUCCAGUUUCACUAUGCAAGUCAUUGUGUCUUCGAAGGAUUCUUUGGAAGUGAUUACUGUGGGCUGGACCUUUCUGCAGCUGAGUUGCCUUACAAGUCUAGAAGAAAAAUUUUGCAAAAGGACAAGAGAGAACCCAUGAAGCAUGGUGAACAACCCAGUCUUCCAGCAGAACGCAAGAGUAAGCCCAAAUCUGUUUCAACCCCCCAAAAAGUUGGUAUAGCGGUAGCUGGAAUUUUUUUAGUCUGUUUUGCUGUGAUCUGUCCCUGCCUCUUUAGAAGAAAUAAAGCCACUGCACAUACCGUUCUCUCCAAGGACCUGAAUUCAGAAGAUUUUGUGUCCUCUGAAAUGAUUUCAGCUCCUGAAAAGAUUCCUCCAAGCCCACUUAGGGUACCCCCAAGUCCUUCCAGAUUCACCAUGUCUCCAAAACUCAGUAGAAUUGGAUCAAUACAUCUCAAUAUGAGUCAGGUUAUCAAAGCUACAUGCAAUUUCUCACCAUCUCUACAAAUUGGUGAAGGUGGUUUUGGAACCGUCUUCAAAGCCAAGCUAGAAGAUGGCCAGGUGGUUGCCAUAAAACGAGCAAAGAAGGAACAUUUUGACAAGUUGCGAACUGAAUUCAGUAGUGAAGGUGGACUGCUAGCCAAAAUUGAUCACCGGAAUCUGGUGAAAUUACUUGGUUUUCUUGACAAAGAAAAUGAGCGUCUUAUCAUAACAGAGUUUGUACCAAAUGGUACUCUUAGGGAACACUUGGAUGGUCAGCAUGGAAAAAUCCUUGACUUCAAUCAGCGGCUUGAGAUAGCCAUUGAUGUUGCUCAUGGUCUAACAUAUCUCCAUGUGUAUGCAGAGAAACAAGUAAUACACCGAGAUGUGAAGUCAUCCAACAUUCUGCUGACAGAGAGCAUGAGAGCAAAAGUGGCUGAUUUUGGGUUUGCCAGACUCGGUCCAAUGGAUUCUGAUCAAACACACAUUUCAACCAAAGUGAGAGGGACAGUUGGCUACCUUGAUCCAGAGUAUAUGAAGACCUAUCAGCUCACCCCCAAGAGUGAUGUAUAUUCAUUUGGAAUUUUACUUCUUGAAAUUCUGACAGGCCGUCGUCCUGUGGAGUUGAAGAAGCCAGUUGAUGAGCGGGUGACUGUUAGAUGGGCCUUCAAGAAGUUCAAUGAAGGAACCGUAUUUGACAUGGUGGAUCCUUUGAUGAAUGAAGUAGUAGAUGAAGAGAUUCUCCAGAAAAUGUUUGGUUUGGCAAUUCAGUGUGCAGCACCGAUACGAAACGAUCGACCAGACAUGAAAUUGGCGGGAGAGCGAUUGUGGGCAAUAAGAGCAGACUAUCUAAAGAGUGCAAAGAAAGGGUAACAUAUCAAACUUGAGACUGGUGUUUUGUCUAUUUAAUUUAAAGAGUUUGUCAGUAGCUUAUCUUGGAGAAUUGAAAUUGGCCUCUAGCAAAGCUUUUCCACUUUUUUCCUAACCUUUUUCAUUCAUAGAAAUGUGUCAACAUAUUUGGUGUUCUUCAAAUGAUUGCAGAUAAUUAUCUACUUGUAAGGUUUCCUGGUUUUGGCUUUUGUCUGGGUUCAUCUCAUUUCUUGUUUAUGAGAAUGAUUAUCUUAUGAAAUGUAGCCCUUCAAAGUGACAUUUUUGACAAAUUGAUUAUUGAUGUUUCAUAUUAUAAGAACGAUAUUUGUUUCA